CAGGAGUUUUGCUUGCUUAUAUGUGCCCGUGAACUCCCGUGUUCCCCGUCUCCCCACGAAACCUGAAUUCCAGCUCAGGUGGUUCAGCAAAUCUUGUAACAGCCUGAUCCAGCAGCCACCAAAAUCAAUAGCAGAGCACAUGCUGACUUGUAUGAGGAACAGUAUCAGUCUUGGUUUGGUUUUACAUACAUUAAUUGUUGUUUUGAGAUGAGCUUAGUAACGGAGGACGAUGCUCGGUAGGGAUCAGGCCACCCCGUAACCCAGACUUCCCGGACGGGGCUGUGCCGGUCUUGCUGAGCUGCGCUGCUUGCUUUCCCGGAUGGCGCGGUAGGCCAGCGCUGCCAGCAGCUCUAGGGUGGCUUUGUUACAAAACCAGGAAACUCCCUGAGAAAAUGAAAGUGCAGAUGCAACAACUUUUUGGGGAGAGUCAGUAAAAGUCACGGCCGGAUCACCCAGCGCUCUGCAUGACGGUUCAUUUCUAAGUCAAGGCAAUUCAUGGACUAGAGCUGCCGGAAGAGGGGAGUGCUGGGCCACACGCUGAACCGCCCAGCUGCGCCCACGUCCCGGGCUGCAGCUCUGUGGGAGCCUCCUGGCUCAUUUCUGCUCCGUCCUGCCUGGGGCGAGCUCGGUGGCCCCGGUCAGCUCUGGGGCCCAGCCGUGCAGGUGGACCCAUUGCCGCCGCAGCACAGCGGCUUCAACGGACCAGUGUCCGAGGAGAGGCACCAUCCCGCGGUAUCCUCCGCUCUCUCCCUUUGCUCUCGCAGGGGACGCCCUGUCCCCGCCAUCCUGUCACUGCCUGCCGCUCUCGCAGGCGGGAGCCUCCGGGGAGGCGGGAGGAGGCGCCUGCAGGAAACGAAACUGAAAUAGCGGAGGCCAUGGCGGCCUCUCUGGAUCUGCGGCAGCUCCAGGCCCACCUGGACCUGAAGUGCCCCUGCUGCCUGCUGUACUUCACCGACCCCGUGCGGCUCGCGGUCUGCAGCCACAGCUUCUGCCGCUCCUGCAUCACUGCCUACUGCAAGACAAAGCGGAGCGCCAGCUGCCCGCUCUGCCGCGAGGCCUUUGAGCUGAAGGACUUACGGCCCAACCGGGAGCUGGCCGUUCUGGUGAACUUGAUCCCCAGGGAGGAAAAGGAGAAAGAUUUGGAGAGAUGGGAUGUACUGGGACUGGACGGUGCCGGUGCCAGCGCCAGGGGCAGCCCAAGCUCAGCGGGGCGGAGAGAUGCGGAAAAGGAGAAAGCGAUAAGUGAGAUCUCCAAGCAACUGGAAAUGACCGAAGAGACCAUCCGCCUCUUGAGGAAGGAUCUGAGUAAAACAAAGGAAUAUACAUCUCAGAUCAAAAGCCAGAUUACUAAAGAUUUCUGUUGCAUGAAGGAAUACAUUGAAAGACAGGAGAGAAACACACUGAUGUUCAUUGAACAACAGCAACAAGCAACUCAACAGAAAAUUGAAGAGACUAUUGACCAGCUCUGUGCUGAAGUGAACAAGCUCACAGGCAUCAAAGCCCAACUGGAGGAAGGACUGGGUUACUUACCUGAGAGAGAUGGCUACAAAGGCUCACCUUUAAUAAUGGAUAAAAUUACACUUGAUGAGGAGAAGAUUAAUUUUGUCACAAAUGCUGUAGAAGAUCUUAAGAAACAAUUGGAAAUGUUACUUUUGGAGAAAUACCCUGGGCGGUUCCCCACAGAACAACUUCCAGACUUGCAUCAGGAAACAAGGGUCUGCUCAUUAUCUUCAGAGUCUGCAGCUAAAAAUCCAGAACCAGGGAUUUCAAGCCAGUUUUCUCAGUGGGCAGAGGAUGUGACCUUUGAUCUCACAAGAAUAUAUCAGCGCUUAGUAAUCACAGAUCAGAACAGGAAAGUAAUGGUUUCCCACUGUCCCUGUGAUUAUGUACCAUCGCCCAAGAGAUUCUGCAUCAGCCAAGUGAUGUGUUCCCAGAGCUUCUCUACCGGGUGCCACUACUGGGAAAUAAUUACCAAGGACAGUGAUGGAUGGGCUGUUGGAGUUGCCCAUGAAAUGAUUGGUAGAAGAGAGAAAUUGGGAAGAUCAGAGCAUUCCUGGUGUGUGGAAUGGGUAGGUCCCAAAAAGCAGCUGUCGGCAUGGCAUAAGGAUCAAGAAACAUUAUUAAACAGGGAGAAGCCAUUGAAGGUUGGAGUUUUCCUCGAGCUACAAAAGCAGUGUGUGUCAUUUUACUCCAUCACAGACAAAGAAAUGCUCUUGCAUACUUUUAAAAUCAAUACCUCAAAUCCUUUAUAUCCUGCUUUCUGGCUAUACAGUCUAGAUAGAAAUGGAUCUUUAACUAUAAGUCAUACAAGCAGGAGGUAAAACCUGUUCAGGAAAGUGAAAAUUUUGGCUGGCUGCAGAGCUUCUGUAAAAGCUCUAGUGUUUAGCAUGAGAAUUUACCAAGGAGUAUAGCUGCACAGGAAAUCAGCAAUUCAUAUUUUGUCUACUUUGCCUUUUCUUGGGCUGUGCUCUGAUCUAGCCAUACUUCAUUAAAGCAAGUCCAGUGUGUGUUAAGGGUGGUAACCAUCCCUGAGAGAGUGAGGUGGAUUUCUGAAGCAGCAUUAAAUAGUCCCAAACCUGCACCUAGCAAGGAAGCUCUCCUUCUUAGCAACUGCAGAAGUGGGGACUAAGCCCACCUGGACCAAAUGGACCUCAUCAUCCUACAUUGAUUAAAAAAAUACAGAUUGUGCCAUUUCA